CACUAACCUACAAGCAAGAGAGAGAGAGAGAGAUGGAAGCACUUCUUAAACCAGCCUGCUCAACUUUUCCUCUCCGAAAGUACUCCACUCAUGAAAGAGGUUACCUGAGAACGGAUUCUCCAUGCAUCACUAGUAGAAAAAUGCCUGUGAGUUAUCUAAAUGAUGUCCAUAGAAAAUGGAAUAUCAAGCAAAAGUUUCAGCUUUCAGCAUUAGAAAACCACAAUCAAGGAUACGUUGAAAAGCUAUCCCAUGACAAAUAUAUGUUAGAGAAUGAGCUUUCAUCAUCAAAACAUGAGGAUGGUUAUUCUAUCCUUUUGAAGAAAUUAAAUGCAUUCUAUCACUUUUGCCGGCCAUAUAACUUGGUGGGAAUUGUCAUUGGAAUAUUCUCAGUUUCAGUUCUCCCAAUACAAUCAAUUGCUGAUCUUUCUCCAACAUAUUUUAUGGGAUUGGUACAGACAUUGGCACUGGGAACAUUAACUCACAUCUAUGUGAUGGCAAUGAAUCAGUUGUUUGAUAUCGAAAUUGACAAGGUGAAUAAGCAAUAUCUUCCGCUAGCUUCUGGAGAGUUUUCAAGUAGAGAUAUUGUGGUGAUAGCUUUGUUGGUUACCAUCCUGAGCAUUGGUGUGGUAUUUAUGUCUAAAUCUCCAGCACUUCUAUGUGCCCUGGUUGUAGGCUAUCUAUAUGGAACUGCAUAUUCUGCUGAAAUUCCCUUCCUUAGGUGGAAAAGACGUCCUUUACUUGCUAUAACAAGCACAGUGCUCACUUUUGUUCUUGGUAUUCAAAUCCCUUAUUUUAUACACAUUCAGAAAUAUGUACUUGGGAGACCAAACCUCAUUACAAAAUCAUUGAUAUUUCAAACAACAGUGAUGUGUUUGCACUGCAUUUCUGGAAUGAUAUUUAAGGACAUUCCAGAUACGGAUGGAGAUAGAGAUAAUGGCAUUGAAACUCUGAGCAUUCGAUUUGGCAGAGAAAGAGCAUUUGCUAUUGGUCUCAAUAUCCUAUUUGCACAAUUUGGACUUGCCAUGGUACUAGGAGCAUCAUCAUCACUUUGGUUUGGCAAGCCUAUAACAGUAUUUGGUCACCUUACACUUGCUUUAGUUGUUUGGAACCGUUCUCGACACACAGACCCCACCGACAACUCAUCAGCGCAGUCUUUUCAUAUGUUCUUUUGGAAGUUAGCUUCUAUUGAGUUCCUCCUCACCCAAUUUGUACGUUGAGAAGGAUGUCCAGUAGUUAGAAGAGCAAGAUAAGAAGGUGAAUACACAAAAUGGGUUCAAUGAUUUCAAUAUACUAUGUUUUUUUUUU